CGGACCGACCUCUCUGUGCAUCGACCACACCCAUGGGCAGAGUGAAGACCUUCGCGAUCCUCUACGACCGCCCUACCUACUCCUGCGGGGAGUGGGUCUCCGGACGGAUUGUGCUGGAGCUCACGGAUCAGACCGAGGUGAAAGCCCUUGAAGUCCUCGCCAAGGGCAAGGCGUACGUGCGCUGGACGGAAGGACACUACGUUCCAACUCCCAUCACACUCGUGUUUAUACCCAGGAGCACCAUACUUCAAACACAGGUACCAGCCCAUUAGAGCAGAUGUACGGUGGAGAGCAUUCUUACUGGUUCCAUCACCGCCAGGUAUGGAGGCUCCAAUGAACAGGAUUGAAAGAGGUUCCAUCACGGGCGUAACCCUCCCCUCCAUCGAGGACAUCUUCAAGAGGCAGUUCCUCAAGAAGGCAGCAUCCAUCAUUAAGGACCCUCACCAUCCAGAAUAUGCCCUCUUCAUGUUACUGCCAUUGGUGAGGAGGUACAGGAGCCUGAAGACCCACACUCAAUGUUUCAGGAACAGCUUCUUCCCCUCCGCCAUCAGAUUUCUGAACGGUCCAUGAACUCAUGAACACUACCUAGUUAUUCCUCUUUUGCACUAUUUAUUUAUUUUAGUAACUUAUAGUAAUUUUUAUGUCUUGGACUGUACUGCUGCUGCAAAACAAUGAAUGUUAUGACAUAUGUCAGUGUUAAUAAACCUGAUUCUGAAACACCAAGCCAUAAAGGGCGGAGAGACAAGAUUUCUUUAUUAGUCACAUGUACAUCAAAGCACAGUGAAAUGCAUGUUUUGCAUAGAGGGUUCUGGGGACAGCCUGCAAGUGUUGCCAUGCUUCUGGCACCAACAUAGCACGCCCACAACUUCCUAACCUGUAUGUCUUUGGCACGUGGGUACACCUAGAAGAAACCCAUGCAGUCACAGGGAGAACGUACAAACUCCUUACAGACAGUGGCCGGAAUUGAACCGCUACACUACUGUGCCUGCCCACUGCAGAUCGGUUGGAGCAAAGAAAACCUGCAGCAGGAACUCAGCGGUCAGGCAACAGAGGGAUGGUCGAUGUUCUGGGUUGAGACCCUGCAUCAGGGCAACGGGUCGAGUGCUGGAAAAUUAGAUCAGUGCAGAUGGGUACUAAGUGGCACUGUGUCUGUAAAGAAAGGCAUCUAAACAAAGCAAGGCUGGCUACUUGAUGGCUGGCAACCACAUGGUGCAUCGAAGGGCGUUUCUGUGCUUCUGUCUGUUGGCAGUCCCAUAUCUGGUGAGAUGUGACAGUGAGAUCGGUGCUGCAACAGGUCGCCAGCAGCAAUGCUGUUUCCUGGUUUCACUUUGUGUGGGUAACUGUGGGCGGAAUACAUCUGAAACGACAAGCUUCCUCUGUUCCAUUUCGCAACUAUAAAGCACAGACUUGUCACCUUUCACCAUCCCUGCCCGCGUUUCUGCUGGAUUGCUCAAUGUGCUACAAAGUUGACGAGGACCCCAUCAGCGGCCAGAUGCUCAACAAUUCACUGACCGCUUGGACAUUCGCUGCUAUUGUAGUGUUAUAUUAAUGCUGAAUAAUCCCCGUUCCUCAGAACGGAAGCAGAAACUGAAUUCCUCCUCUGGCAGUUUGCCAAGAGACCUUCAGAGGGGUGGAGCCCAUCAUCCGCUCCCAGAACUGUGUCAGUGACCAUCCCGAAGCGGUGUUGAGUUCCCCAGUCGGCCGAGGACGGGGUCCCAGCACAGUCCCGGACCGACCUCUCUGUGCACCGACCACACCCAUGGGCAGAGUGAAGACCUUCGCGAUCCUCUACGACCGCCCUACCUACUCCUGCGGGGAGUGGGUCACCGGACGGAUUGUGCUGGAGCUCACGGAUCAGACCGAGGUGAAAGCCCUUAAAAUCCACGCCAAAGGCCAGGCGUACGUCCACUGGACGGAGAGCGACUCCUCUUCUGAAUCCAACCAGUCUCGGGAUUACACUCAGGAGCUCCGAUACUUCAAACACAAGCACCUGCUGAUUGGGACCGAGUCUUCUGACGAAGUUACUGUAUUGCAGUCGGGCAGACAUGAGUAUCCAUUCAGUCUUGUACUUCCAACAAUGCCGCCACUACCUUCUUCCUUUAAGGGUGCACAUGGCCACGUAAGCUAUUGGAUGACAGCCAAACUGCACAGGCCUUGGAAGCUGAGAACUAAAGUGAAAGAAAUAUUUACAGUAUUUAACCAGAUUGAUAAUAACGCCCCUGGACUAUUGGAGCCACUGAUGGUAACGGAUGAGAAAACUAUUUGCUGCUGGUGUUGUGCCUCAGGCCCAGUAUUGCUAAAUGCCAAAAUUGAACGGAAGGGCUUCAUAGCAGGUGAUUCAAUUCAAAUAUUUGCUGAAAUUGAGAACCACUCUUCCCGCAAAGUUGUGCCAACGGCAGCCAUUUUUAAAACAAUCACCUACCAUGCAAAAACCAAGAAAAGAUCGUCUGCGGAACUUGUAACCAAAAUCGAGGGAGAGCCAGUACUAGCCGGACAAAAAGACAGUCGGAAUGUAAUGCUAUUGAAAAUUCCAGAAACUCCUCCUACAUUGAUGAACUGCACCAUUAUCCAGAUGGAAUAUUCAAUUAAGGUAUCCGUAGAGAUUCCAAGAGCAAUGAAUUUGACCGUCAGUUUACCAAUAGUUAUUGGUACAAUUCCAUCGCAUUCUUUCGGUGCCCCGGCAAGUGACUUCGGUAUUCAGUAUGGGAUGGACUACGGCAAUGUAAACCAAACGCACCCUGACAAACCUGAAGUGGCUGCUGGUUUUUUGGUCAACAACAAGAAUAUUGGCUUCUGCACAUGAAGGGAAUGAAAAGUCUUCAGAGGUAUUGCGGAAUGAAGAUUAAACAAAUCCUUCAGGGUUGGGUGUACGAUGUCUAGUUCUCUGAGUCCUCUGACAUAAUCCAACUCCUUCUCAAAAUAUCUUCAAUUUAAAGACAUCAAAGACAGAAUAGAACACAAUAAUCUUGAAACCAAAAAAACGAUAUUAUUGUACUUCAUUACAUUUUUUUAUUACAUUUAAGAAUAAGGACAUUGUUAACCAUUUUAUAUGGACAAUAACAUACUUGCAUUAACAGCAGCAUAGCCAAUGCAUGAGAACAAUAUUGUUUUGUAAUAUGUUAUUAUUCUCUGUAACCUUCAGAGAAUGUUGUUCAUGUUCAUUUUUCAUGAGUUGAUGCAUUUGUAUAUGUUUAUGUUGCUACAAUAUUAUCAGCUGAUGUCUUGCAUCUAUGUAUAUAUCCAUGUCUCUAUAAUGUUAUAGCAGUAACCAAAUUGGUGCAGAUUUUUAACAUAGGAUGUAUCACAUCGAAACAGGUCAUUUAAUGCAGCUGGUCUAAUUUAACUUCUUCCUGCCUUGGCUCAUCUAAAUCUGUCAGCAUAAUCUUCUGUUCUCUUCUCCUCAGUGUGCUUGUCCAUCCCCUUCAAUGUAUAUUGCCCGAACAUCUCCCCACAGAAGCAGAUUCCACAUUCCCACCAAUCUUUGGCUAAAGAAGUUUUAUUUGAAUUCCCUUUUGGAUUUCUUAUUGAUUACCUUUUACUGAAGUUCUCUAGAUAGGUUCUUUCCCACUGGUGGAAACACUCUGUCAAAACCUUCUAUCAUUUUAAAGUCCUCAUCUAAGUUGUAUUAUAUUCUUACAAGAGACCCAGAACAUACAGCCUUUCCAAAUACAUAAACCCUCUCAUUUCUGAUGUAAAUUUUGUUUUAUGUUCCUUGAUUUAAUUUCUUAAUUCCUCUUUGCCUUCUUAGUUAUUUUUCUUCCUUCUUUCCACUUCUCUUCAUAUUCCCUCUUGUCAUUGCAGCUGGUGUUGUCUAUAUGCUUAAGAUACACCUUUCUUUACCUUUGCUACAACCUAUUCAUCCACAGAGUUCUGUGAAUGUUCAAUUUCUUCUUUUAACGGAAUAUAUUUUUUGUGGACUGUGAACACCUUUUAAAAUAUUUCCAAUUUAUUAUCUUACGUCAUUAUUUGUCAGUGCUAUUGCCUAUUUUAUCUUCCUGUUCUCAGCUUUGCAAAAUCAGCCUCCCUCUAAUCUGUUAUCCUGGUUUUCUUUAUACUUAAGCCUUUAUCUUUUUAAAAUGUAUUAUGAUCAGUAUAGGCUAAAUGCUCCCCCUAAUUUUUCUUCCUUUGUCUGCUCUAGUUUGAUUUCUUAUUUUUAAAUUCAAUAGCAGAUCCUCCUUUGUUGGAUUUUUUGCUUAUUGAGUUGGAAAAGAGUCCUUACACAUUAUAGGAAUUCCCUUAUCCCAUUCACCUAUCUGUUCGAUCCAGUUAAUAUCAGGGUUGUUGAAAUUCCCAAUGAUUAUUACGACAUGAUUUUUACUUAAUUUGUCAGCACUUUCCUUCCUCCUUCGGGUUGCUGGUUGAUUAUGAUGAUUGCUAUGACUGACAUAGAAGGUAGAACAUUCCAGCAUAGUACAGGCCCUUCAGCCCACUAUGUUGUGCUGACAUUUUAUCCUGCUCUAAGAUCUAUCUAACCCUUUCCUCCCACAUAGCCCUCCAUUUCUCUAUCAUUCAUGUGUCUAUCUAAGAGUCUCUUAAAUGCCCCUAAUGUAUCUGCCCCACCACCUCUGCCGGCAGUGCGUUCCACGCACCCACCACUCUCUGUUUAAAAAAAACUUACCUCUGACUUCACCCCUAUGCCUUUCUCCAAUCACCUUAAAAUUAUGCCCCUCAUGUUAGCCAUCGUCACCCUGGGAAAAAGUCUCUGACUGUCCACUCGAUAUAUGCUCUUAUCAUCUUGUACACCUCUAUCAAGUCACUUCUCAUCCUCCUUCGCUCCGAAGAGAAAAGCCCGAGCUCGCUCAACCUAUCCUCAUAAGACAUGCUCUCCAAUCCAGGCAGUAUUUUUUAUUACCUUUUUAUUAUCUUUUAUCCCUAUCCAUGUAAAUUCUAUUUUUGACUCAAUGCAGAUGCAUUCUUUUUUUCAGCUGCCAGUAUAUCAUCUGUAACAUGAUAACUAGAUUUGCUCUCCCUCUGUCCAACUUCCUUUCCAGCCACCCUUACCGGCCACUGGUACGCCUUUGGAAUUCUCAUUCCAGGCUGCAGAGGAAGCGACCUUUCCUGUAAUUAUAGAUCAACCUAUCACUGCUACAUUUCUGUCCUGCUCUUCCCACAUAUUGGACAACACUUCUGAGCCGCAGCACUGUGGGCUGAAUUGUGGCUGUCCAACCUGUUCUUUCACAAAUUGAUUCUUAGAAUCAGUAGAAAUGUACAGCAGAGAAAUGGGGCCUUUCAGCCCAUCUCGUCCAUGCUGACCAUGAUACCUAUUUACACUAAUCCCGUUUGUCCAUAACCCUCUCCACCUUUCCUGUGUAAUUACCUCUCCAAACACCUCCUAAAUGUUAUACUUGUAUCUGCCUCCACUACCUCCUCUGGCAAUUUGUUCCAGAUAACCACCACCUCUGUGUGGAAAAAUUUACCCCUCAUAUCUCCUUCAAAUUUCUCCUCUCUCACCUUAAACCUGUGUCCUUUAGUUCUAGACUCCCCUGCCCUGCGGAAAAGAUUCUGAUUGUCUAUCCUAACUACGCCCUUCAUAAUUUUAUAAACCUCCAUAAGGUCACCUCUACGCCUCCUAUGUUACGACGAGAACAGACCCAGCCUAUCCAAUCUCUCGUUAUAACUACAGCCCUCCUUUCCAGACAAUGUCCUGAUGAAUCUCUUCCGCACUCUUUCCAUUGCUACCACAUCCUUCCUGUAGUGUACACAGUACUUCAGUUGUGGUCCAGCCAGUGUUUUGUACAACUACAACAUGAAAUCUCAACUCUUAUACUCAAUGCCUCAGCCUAUGAAGGCAGGCAUAGAAAAAUGCCCGUUCUACUACCCUAUCCAUCUGUGUCACCACUUUCAAGAAGCUGUGGACUUGCACUGCAAGAUCUCUCGGGACAUUAACACUACUAAAAUGGAUUAAAUUUCAUCUGCUGCUGCUGCUCUACCCAACUUUCCAGCUGAUCUAUAUCCCACUACGUCCUUAGACAACCUACUUCAAUAUCUAUGACUCCAUCGAUUUUCAUAUCAUCUGCAAACUUACUAAUCUUACAUUCUCGUCCAGGUCGUAUAUUAGAAGCGGCAAAGGUUCCAGCACUGAUCCCUUCCAGUCAGAGAAACCAUCCCUCCACCGUGACCCUCUGCCUCCUAUCACCAAGCCAAUUUUGGAUCCAGUUUGCCAACGUGCCUCAGAUUCCUUGUGCCUUCUGAACCAGCCUAGCAGGACCUUAUCAAAAGCCUCGCUAAGGUCCAUGUAAACCAUAUCUACCACUCUGCUCACACCAAUAUUCCUAGUUACCUCCUCAAAAAAACUCAAUCAGACUCUUGCCAGACAAAGUUGAUAUGCCUUCUUGUCUUUGAUACCCCGACCAUGGGAGAAAGAUUUUGACUAUCUAUCUAUGCCUCUGAUAAUCUUCUAAACUUCUGCCUCCUUCGCUCCAGAGAAAACAAGCUCAGCCUAAAGUCCUCAAUCCAGGCAACCCGGUCUCAAUCUAAAAUGCAUGGAAUAUGUGCACUCAAAGAACUUAUGUUAAGUGUCUGAAUUUUUCUUUAAAAUAUGUAGUUACAAACAAAGAUGAAAUCUCUCAAUCUUUUCGCUAAAUCAGCACUAUGACAGCAAAAGUAUAACUGACAUUUAUAUCUCAGUCUCUAACUCUUUAAAAACAAAAUAUUAUCUGGUGAUUAUUACCUAAUUGCUUGGUGAGAGCUUUCAUUUCACAAUUAGUUGCCCUUGUUACACAGAUUACAACAGUGACUAAUCAGGAAAAGGUAUUUCAUCCACUGUAAUGCACCUUGAGCAUCAUAAAAUUGUUUACAGAUACAAGGCUUUCCUUAAAGAUUCAGCUGGAACUGUAGUACUACCAGGACAUAAAGUCAGUGAUAAACCAAAAUAAUGGCUGAAGAAUAAUAGGAAACAAGUACAUUAUCAUCUUUAUCCAGUCUUGACAAAAGGUUCUGGAGCUUGAAACGUUAACUCUGUUUCUCUUUCCACGGAUGUUGCCUCAUCUCCUGAUUGUUUUCAGCAUUUUCUGUUUUUAUUCCAGUUUUUUACUUGUUUUCCUAAUGUACAGUGUAUUGGAAUUGCAUGAGCAAAAAUAAAAAUUACCCCUUUAAACAAAGUCAGUUAAUGGAAGGGUUUUGCCAGAUAUUAAGAGUGAUUCCACAUUAUUGCUAUGGAGCCUGAUAAGCUUCUGUAAGAGGUGUGGAAUUUGUUUAUUCACUCAUAUAUUUGUGUCAUUUUACAUGUUGAUGAAUCAGAAAGAAUGAAAUAACCACUUUUUAAUUUGUGACUUUUGAUAUCAGAACUUUUAGCGAUGCCUUAAGAAGCAAAACCCAAACUUUUUAUUACAUUCCAAAAUGUCCAGUUUCACUCCAAUAGUACGGCCUCCCAAAAUAAUUCAUUUUUAGAAGUUGCUUUUAAAUGUUUUGCAGCUCAUUAAAAAAGAAGUCCUGAUAUAAGACACCAAGGUGUAGAUUUUUAUCUUCACCUGAGCUAACAUAUUACCCAAGUAAUAUAUGAACAUUGGAAUCCAGCUCAGAGGAUCAUGGACCGCGAAUAGAACUUGCCUAAAGAAGUCGACUAUUCUCCAUUUUGAAUGCCCACAUUUCCCCCCUCCUGCUUCAUCUCGGCCAUACCAUAUGUCCCAGCAGUAAGGAUGAAAAUCUACCUCAUUGCCAAGUCUUCAUCAAGAACACGUUUAAUCUUAUGUAGAAAUUGACCAAAGUUUUUAUCCCAGCAUGCUGGACUUUUAAAACAAGCAUUUAAAGCAGACUGUCAGCAUAAAAAUCUGCGUCAGGAUUCGUUCAUACACAAGCAAGACUAACCAAAGGACACAAUUUAUUUAUCUGGUUUUGCUCCGCAGCGUCUGUGGCCUGAUAGGUAAGUGCUCACUGAACCUUUCAAGCUGCUGAUAAAUUUCCCCAUCUGUGAAAGUGGAUGAUAGAUUGAGCAGAGCUUGGACUUGCAAGGAAUGGACUUAACACACAAAGUUCCAACCAACGGGUCGGCGGGUCGCAACAAUCUGUUGCCAUGGGGUGUUUGAGGCAAGCUGAGGGCGAUUUUCAAAGGACUGUGGACAAGAUUGAUCACCCGUACAGACUGGAGCAUGCUCCUUUGAAUGACUGCUGGGGUGAGUUGCCUUUGAGUUCAAGUUACAAUUGAGAGAUAAAACAGUACGAUUGCUGGAGUACAGAGGCUAAGUCAGUGCACAAUAUUUUGCAGUAUUUUAUAUCAUAUCUUCCUGAUUAAAAAGGUAUAGGGUAUCUAUGAUAUCUUUCUUUUGUAAUUCUCUGAUGGUUGCAAUAUUUUCUGUUAGCUAUGGUGCUUUAUAAUAUAUUGGUUAUAUUUACUUAAUAAACUUUAUUGGUAUUGGUUUAUUAUUGUCACUUGUACUGAGGUACAGUGAAAAUCUUGUCUUGCAUACCGUUCGUACAGGUCAAUCCAUUACACAGUGCAGUUACAUUGAGUUAGUACAGAGUGCACUGAGGUAGUACAGGUAAAAACAAUAUCAGUACAGAGUAAAGUGUCACAGCUACAGAGGAAGUGCAGUGCAGGUAGACAAUAAGGUGCAAGGUCACAACAAGGUAGAUCGUGAGGUCAGAGUCCAUCUCAUGAUAUAAGGAAACUGUUCAAUAGUCUUAUCACAGUGUAAAGUCUUACCACACUUUACAAAGGAGCUUUCAUCAGUCCUGAUGAAGGGUCUCGACCCGAAACGUCGACUGUUUAUUUCCCUCCAUAGAUGCUGCCUGACCUACUUAGUUCCUCCAGCACUUUGUGUGUGUUGCUUCAGUUUCCAGCAUUUGUAGACCCUCUUGUGCCUUUGGAUUGUGCUGCUCUGUGAGUCUUGACUAGUUUUACUCUGUCCUGAUCAGGCCAAACUCAGAGACUAUGUGUAGGGAAGAUAGGAAGAAUGACCCAAGAAUAAAACACGGAUUUCAAAAUGUGAUAACCACCUCGUACAAAGAAAGGGUUGCGUCCUGCAAUGCCUCCAUCUCCAGCUCCACCAGCAACAGCACCACGUCCUGGGGGCUGUGACAUGUCUGGAUAAUUUGUCAUCCAAGAAGAGAAAGGAAGGCAGAGUUCUAUUUCUUUUGUAUCCUUCACAACCUGGUCAGGUUUUAAAGCACUUUACAGCUAAUGAAAUAUUUUUGAAGUGCAGUCAUCAUUUUAUGCAGGAAAUUUAAACCCAGGAAAGUCGCACAAACAGCAAAUUGAGAAAGGCUGUAUGAUAUGCUUUUGUGAUGUUGAAAUGUUGUUAAGAAUUGUGCCACAGUGGUUGGAGAGUGUGUGUGUCUGUGUGUGUGUAUAAUUCAUACACAGGCAUCUUCCAGUCCACAGAAGUGGAAGGGAAGCCAAUCAUCGUCCACCCCAAGGGACUGCACAAGAAGAAGAGGCAUGGGAUGGUUUCCAUCCAUUUGAGGGCUCAAUGUUUCAUCUCAUUUAGGGUGCACUGCUCAGCACUGUAUUGGACCAUCAACCUCAUUUUCUUGUGCUCAAGAUUCUGGGGAUUUUAAAUGCCACCCUAUUUGAUUAUGAAUAUGGAAACUUACUGUAAUGGUUAGCAUAACAUUAUUACAGUGCCAAUGACCCGGGUUCAAUUCCGGCUGCUGUCUGUAAGAAGUUUGUACGUUCUCCCCGUGUCUGCAUGAGUUUCCUCCGGGUGCUCCGGUUUACUCCCAUAUUCCACUGACAUAAGGGUUAGGAAGUUGUGGGCGUGCUAUGUUGGUGCCGAAAGUGUGGCAACACUUGCGGG